AACAACCACCCCCCCCGCCUGUCCCUGUGCUGUCUGGAUGGAAGGGGGCUCUGCACGGUAUAAUAAAUGAUCAGCUAGAAGAAAGAAAAGUCACACUUUUCUAAAACGGAUGCAAGAUAAGCACAGUCCUGAACAUUUAAAUCAAGUCACUUCUCUGCCCUCCUCAUGUCGAAAUGUCAACAAGACAACGUAGUCCUCGCCAUGGCGCCAGGCCUCACUCCACCUAUGAAGUCACUUCUGAAAUGUUGGGCUUGUCACUGGCUGGAAACUUUCAAGACCCAGAUGAGCCAAUUCUGGAGUUUAGUUUGGCAUGCAGUGAGCUUACUACCCCAUCAUUGGAUCGGAAGCCAAAUAGCUUUGUUGCUGUUAGUGUCACAACCCCACCCCAGGCUUUCUGGACAAAGCAUGCCCAAACAGAAAUCAUAGAGGGAACAAGCAAUCCUAUAUUUCUUAGCAGCAUUGCCUUCUUCCAGGACUCCCUCAUCAAUCAGAUGACCCAGAUUAAGCUGUCUGUGUACGAUGUCAAAGACCGAUCUCAGGGAACUAUGUAUUUGCUGGGCUCUGGAAAGUUUAUAGUGAAGGAUUUAUUACACGAGAAGAGUCACAGAUUGCAUCUGCCACUAUGGUCUGCUGAACAAGAACGUGUAGGUAACAUAACAAUAAUAGGUUGGCAAAUGGAAGAGAAGGUUGAUCAGCGCCCCCCUGUUAAUAGAUCACUGGAUACUGUUAACGGAAGAACUUUAAUUCCCGUUGAUGAAAGUUUAACGGAAUCUUUAGGAUUACGUUCAAAAUAUGCAUCUUUACGAAAAGAUACACUUCUGAAAUCAGUGUUUGGAGGUGCAAUCUGCCGCAUGUACCGCUUUCCUACAACAGAUGGUAACCACCUGCGGAUACUGGAGCAAAUGGCUGAGAGUGUCCUUUCUUUACAUAUACCCAGGCAGUUUGUGAAACUCCUGCUUGAAGAAGAUGCUGCAAGAGUUUGUGAGCUUGAAGAGCUGGGGGAGUUGUCUCCAUGUUGGGAGAAUCUUCGCAGACAAAUUGUAACUCAAUAUCAGACCAUCAUAUUGAUAUACCAGGAGAACCUGACUAAUCUCCAUCAGUACAAAGGUGUUUCUUUUAAAGCAAGCAGUUUGAAGUCAGAUAAAAAAUUAGAAUUUGUUCCUACCAAUUUACACAUUCAAAGGAUGAGGGUUCAAGAUGAAUCUACAUCAGAUCAAAACUAUGAUAUAGUGACAAUAGGGGCACCAGCCGCCCAUUGUCAAGGAUUCAAAUCUGGGGGGUUACGGAAGAUUUUGCACAAGUUUGAAGAAGCAAAAAAAAACAGUUUUGAGGAAAGUUGUACAUCAGCGUGCCCCCAGUCUAUUGUUUACAUACCGCAGGACAUAAUUCGAGCCAAAGAGAUCAUUGCUCACAUCAAUACUCUGAAGACACAAGUCAGUUAUUAUGCAGAGAGGCUUUCCAGGGCAGCUAAAGACAGAUCAGCCAACGGCAUUGAGCGGACACUGACUAUUUUGGCAGAUAAGACAAGGCAGCUUGUCACAGUGUGUGAUUGCAAACUAUUAGCCAGUGCAAUACAAGGACUCAAUGCUGCUAGGCCUGACUACAUCGCUUCCAAAGCUUCUCCUACAUCAGGUGAGGCAGAUCAGGUUAUGCUAAGGAAUGACCAGGAUACUCUAGUGGCACGAUGGACUGGCCGAAACAGCAGGUCAUCACUCCAGGUGGACUGGCAUGAGGAAGAAUGGGAUAAAGUCUGGUCCAAUGUAGAGAAAAGCCUUGAGUGCAUCAUUCAACGGGUUGACAAGCUUUUGCAGAAGGAGCGUCUACAAAGUGACAGCUGUGAUGAUGUUUUCCAGUGUGAGAUUAGCUGCUCUAGCAAGAAAGAUAGCAGCUUGACUACAGAAGAGGUCGGUCCAGGAGAAUGGAGUGAGGCCCUUUACCCCUUACUGAGCACACUGACAGACUGUGUAGCUAUGAUGAGUGAUAAAGCAAAGAAAGCCAUGGUGUUCCUUCUAAUGCAGGACAGUGCUCCCACCAUUGCCCUGUGCUUAAGUCUCCAGUACCGCCGAGAUGUUGUCUUCUGUCAAACAUUAACAGCUCUGAUCUGUGGCUUUAUCAUCAAACUGAGAAACUGCCUUCAUGAUAAUGGUUUUCUACGACAGCUGUACACAAUUGGCCUGCUUGCUCAGUUUGAAAGCCUCCUCAGCACCUAUGGAGAAGAGUUGGCCAUGUUGGAAGAUAUGAGUUUGGGUAUAAUGGACUUGAGGAAUGUAACAUUCAAAGUCACUCAGGCCAUAUCGAAUGCAUCAAGUGAUAUGCUGCCGGUCAUAACAGGAAACCGGGAUGGAUUUAAUGUGCGGAUUCCUCUACCGGGCGCUUUGUUUGAUGUUCUUCCUCGUGAAAUUCAGAGUGGGAUGCUGCUCAGGGUUCAGCCAGUCCUGUUUAAUGUGGGGAUUAAUGAACAGCAGACACUGGCAGAAAAGUUUGGAGAUACAUCCUUGCAAGAAAUUAUAAACAUUGAGAGCUUGGUGCGACUUAAUUCGUAUUAUGAGCAGUUCAAAGAAGUCUUGCCAGAGGACUGUCUCCCUCGGUCUCGGAGUCAAACAUGUGUUCCUGAAUUGCUCAGGUUCCUAGGACAAAAUGUCCAUGCACGGAAAAACAAAAAUGUUGACAUCCUUUGGCAAGCUGCUGAGAUAUGCCGGCGACUCAAUGGAGUCCGGUUUACAAGCUGUAAAAGUGCCAAGGAUCGUACUGCUAUGUCGGUGACACUGGAGCAAUGCCUAAUUCUGCAACAUGAACAUGGGAUGGCCCCGCAGGUCUUUACACAAGCUUUGGAGUGUAUGAGAAGCAUUGGAACGCGAGAAAUAGUCACCCAGAAGAACUUGAGUGGCUUGGUUCCGAUCCGAGAUUUCAGGCUGGACCCCAGCCUCCUUUACUCUGUCCCUUUGCUAGCGCUCAGCCCUAACUUACUUAUAGUGUGGCUGUUCCUCAGCAUAGCGUACCUGGUGGCCAGAUUUCGUUGCAAAUGAAGACUGGGCAGAGUGUAUACCUGGAAAUGUGCACCUACCUUGGGACAAGGAAAGAGGCACCCAAGAGCAAUGAUUGAGCUGUGUCCUAUAUCUAUGCCUUACAAUCUUACAUUUGGAGUAUGGAACAGCUCAGUGGAAUGGAGCAGACCUUCUUGUAUAUAUAGCUUCCUCAUGACAACAUACCUCAUGUAUUGAUGCUGCUCUGUAUUUAAAUCAUGCAAAUGCAACUAUCACUAUGUAGCUUACGCACCAACAGAUACAGUAUUCUAUUGAAUUUUAUAUCGCACCUGCUGUUGCCAUUACACAUUUUAUGUGACAUGGGGAACAUUGGCACUCAUGUCUGCUUUCCAAAGCCAUAGAUGCUUAUCUGAGAAAACUAUUAUUUAUUGUUUUGGGGCCUUUAAUGACUCUGUAAAUGCUUUAGAGUACAUUUAAAUGGACUGAACCCUAAAAUGGUUGAAUCCCCCUCAGAUGCAUGCUGUUUAAAAAGUAUUUAUUUUUAUGUAACUUUUUUAACGUGAAGAAUCAAACUGAUCUUCCUAACUUGCCUCCUCCUGCAUUUCCUUGUUUCAAUAAUUGCUAGACUUAGUCCUGCAGUACAGCCCACACACCAUUUGUAAUUGCACCACUACUUAGGGCAUCUUCGCUCUUUUGAGGUUCAGGACCGA